GAGUUCUACCAAGCCUUUGCCGACGUCUACGACAUCAUGGACCUGACCGAAGAGCUCGUGAGCGGCCUCGUCAAGCACGUCACUGGCGGCUACAAGACCAAGUUCCACACCCAGCACGGUGAGGUCUACGAGGUCAACUGGGAGAAGCCCUGGAAGCGCUUCGAGAUGAUUCCCGAGCUCGAGAAGGCCACGGGCGAGAAGUUCCCCCCCGCCGACCAGCUCCACACUGCCGAGACCAACGAGUUCCUCCAGAAGGUCCUUAAGAAGAUGAACCUCGAGUGCUCACCGCCCCUGACCAACGCCCGCAUGAUCGACAAGCUUGUUGGCGAGUACAUUGAGGAGCAGUGCGUCAACCCCUCCUUCAUCUUCGGCCACCCGCAAGUCAUGAGCCCUCUCGCCAAGUACCACCGCGACAUUCCCGGUCUGUGCGAGCGCUUCGAGGCCUUUGUGUGCAAGAAGGAGAUUGUCAACGCCUACACCGAGUUGAACGAUCCCUUUGACCAGAGACUGCGCUUCGAGGAGCAGGCCCGCCAGAAGGACCAGGGUGACGACGAGGCCCAGCUCAUUGACGAGAACUUCUGCAUGUCUCUCGAGUACGGUCUGCCGCCUACCGGUGGCUGGGGUAUGGGUAUCGACAGAAUGGUCAUGUUCUUGACCGACAACUACAGCAUCCGUGAGGUGCUUGCCUUCCCCUUCAUGAAGGAGGAGAAGCAGGGCGAGAAGAAGGCCUCCGCAGCUGAGGUCGUCGGCGUCAAGCCUGUCCCCGAGGAGGGAAUUGCCCACAAAUAGAGAGUUCUCGACAUGGCUGGGAUUGGAUGUCAAGACGAAUCGCCCUGUAUGAUUGUCUACAAGUGACGCACGCGGAGAAUAAAAAGAGAAAGUGUACGCCCCCAGUGAUAUCCGGCAGACGUUCCGUAGUCUAGAGUUGAGCUUCUAUUAAGAAAAAAAAGAAUCAAAAGGUUUUGAAUGGGAUAG